CGUCUCCGCUUCCCCCGUUGUGCGUCAUGACGUCAGUGGCGUCCUCGCUGUCAUCAUUUCACCGGGAGAGGAGAAGGGCGUCCGGGGUAACUGGCCGAGAGCGGAGCCGCUGAGACGCUUCUGGAGUGGACGUUGGACCAACCGUUCCUGUUCUGGUACCGGCCCGGGUGGAGGGAAGUUCCCCGUCGUUUCUCUGAGGACAUCCGGAGCGCCGGCCGGAUCGCCGCCAACGUGCGCGUGACGCUUUAAGGACUGCUCAUGCAUCGCUUAAGGACUUGUGCGGCGCGGCUGCGUCCGCUCACCGCCUCGCAGGCGGCCCAGACUGUCGGCCAGCAGCGGCCAAUCACAGGUGCCGGCACAGGCGGCACAAGGACGUUUCAGCCAAUCAGGUGCUACUCGGCACCGGUGGCCUCGGAGCCGUUCCUGAACGGGACGAGCUCCAACUACGUGGAGGAGAUGUACUACGCCUGGCUGGAGAACCCAAAGAGUGUUCACAAGUCGUGGGACGUGUUUUUCCGUAACGCCAACGCCGGCGCUCCUCCUGGCGCCGCCUACCAGUCUCCUCUGGGUCUGGCUGCGGCGUCGGGCCUGGUCGCUCCUCAUCAGUCGUCGCUGGUCGGAGCUCAGCCCAACGUGGAGAAGCUGGUGGAGGAUCACCUGGCUGUCCAGUCCCUCAUCAGAGCCUAUCAGGUCAGGGGUCACCACAACGCCCACCUGGAUCCUCUGGGAAUCAGCUGUGUGAAUUUUGAUGAUGCUCCGAUCCGGGGGCACCAUGUGGCCCAGUUGGACCCCCUCGGCAUCAUGGACGCCGAUCUGGACUCGUGUGUCCCCACCGACAUUAUCACAUCCUCCGACAAGCUGGACGUGGCUGCGUUCAGGGAGCGGCGGAGACUCCUGACGGUCGGAGGCUUCUACGGCCUGGACGAGUCGGACCUGGACAAGGUGUUCCGGCUGCCCACCACCACCUUCAUAGGAGGCUCGGAGACGGUGCUGCCGCUGAAGGAGAUCAUCCGCCGCCUGGAGAUGGCGUACUGCCAGCACAUCGGCGUGGAGUUCAUGUUCAUCAACGACCUGGAUCAGUGUCAGUGGAUCCGGGAGAAGUUCGAGACUCCAGGAGUGAUGCAGUUCACUCUGGAGGAGAAGAGGACGCUGCUGGCUCGCAUGGUUCGCUCAACCAGGUUUGAGGAGUUCCUGCAGAAGAAGUGGUCUGCAGAGAAACGAUUCGGCCUGGAGGGAUGCGAGGCUCUGAUCCCGGCCCUGAAAACCAUCAUCGAUAAAUCCUCGGAGAACGGCGUGGAGAACGUCAUCAUGGGCAUGCCUCACAGGGGUCGGCUCAACGUUCUCGCCAACGUGAUCCGUAAAGAACUGGAACAGAUCUUCUGCCAGUUCGACUCCAGGCUGGAGGCUGCCGAUGAGGGCACCGGGGACGUGAAGUACCACCUGGGGAUGUACCACCGGCGGAUCAACCGGGUGACGGACCGGAACAUCACGCUGUCCCUGGUGGCCAACCCGUCCCACCUGGAGGCCGUGGACCCCGUGGUUCAGGGCAAGACCAAAGCCGACCAGUUCUACUGCGGAGACACCGACGGCAACCGGGUGAUGUCCAUCCUGAUGCACGGAGACGCAGCCUUCGCGGGUCAGGGCAUCGUGUACGAGACCUUCCACCUGUCCGACCUGCCGUCCUACACCACCCACGGCACCGUGCACGUGGUGGUCAACAACCAGAUCGGCUUCACCACCGACCCCCGCAUGGCGCGCUCCUCGCCGUACCCGACGGACGUGGCGCGCGUCGUCAACGCGCCGAUCUUCCACGUCAACGCCGACGACCCCGAAGCCGUCAUCUACGUCUGCAAGGUGGCGGCGGAGUGGAGGGCCACCUUCCACAAGGACGUGGUGGUCGAUCUGGUGGGCUACCGCCGCAUGGGCCACAACGAGAUGGACGAGCCCAUGUUCACCCAGCCGCUGAUGUACAAGCAGAUCAAGAAGCAGAAGCCGGUUCUGCAGAAGUACGCGGAGAAGCUGAUCGCCGAGGGAGCCGUGAGCCGGCAGGAGUACGAGGAGGAGAUCGCCAAGUACGACAAGAUCUGCGAGGAGGCGUACGCUCGCUCCAAAGACGAGAAGAUCCUGCACAUCAAGCACUGGCUGGACUCUCCCUGGCCCGGUUUCUUCACGCUGGACGGCCAACCCAAGUCCAUGAGCUGCCCGUCCACCGGCGUCUCUGAGGAGAACCUGGACCAGAUCGGCCAGGUGGCGUCCUCCGUCCCCGUGGAGGACUUCACCAUCCACGGAGGUCUCAGUCGCAUCCUGAAGGGCCGAGGGGAGAUGGUGCGGAACCGCACGGUGGACUGGGCUCUGGCCGAGUACAUGGCGCUGGGUUCUCUGCUGAAGGAGGGGAUCCACGUCCGGCUGUCGGGUCAGGACGUGGAGCGAGGAACCUUCAGCCACCGUCACCACGUUCUCCAUGACCAGAACGUGGACAAGAGAACCUGCAUCCCCAUGAACCACCUGGCGCCGGACCAGGCGCCGUACACCGUCUGCAACAGCUCGCUGUCCGAGUACGGCGUCCUGGGCUUCGAGCUGGGCUUCGCCAUGGCGAGCCCCAACGCGCUGAUCCUGUGGGAGGCCCAGUUUGGAGACUUCCACAACACGGCGCAGUGCAUCAUCGACCAGUUCAUCUGCCCGGGUCAGGCCAAGUGGGUCCGGCAGAACGGCAUCGUUCUGCUGCUGCCCCACGGCAUGGAGGGAAUGGGUCCAGAACAUUCUUCGGCUCGGCCCGAGAGGUUCCUCCAGAUGUGCAACGACGACCCGGACGUCAUGCCUAACAUCACGGAGGACUUUGCCGUGCGCCAGCUCUACGACUGUAACUGGAUCGUGGUGAACUGCUCCAGUCCUGGGAACUACUUCCACGUUCUGCGGAGGCAGAUCCUGCUGCCCUUCAGGAAGCCGCUGAUCGUUUUCACGCCCAAGUCUCUGCUGCGCCACCCUGACGCCCGCUCCAGCUUUGACGGCAUGCUGCCAGGAACCCACUUCCAGAGGCUGAUCCCGGACGACGGGCCCGCCGCCGAGCGCCCGGAGGCGGUGAAGAGGCUGAUCUUCUGCACCGGCAAGGUCUACUACGAGCUGGCCAAGGAGAGGAAGAGGAGAGGCCUGGAGGACACGGUGGCCAUCAGCCGCAUUGAGCAGCUCUCCCCGUUCCCGUUCGACCAGGUGAAGGCGGAGUUCGAGCGUUUCCCCAACGCCGACCUGGUGUGGUGUCAGGAGGAGCACAAGAACCAGGGCUACUACGACUACGUGAAGCCUCGCAUCAGGACCACCAUCAAGAAGGCCAAGAACGUCGGGUACGCCGGCAGAGAUCCGGCCGCGGCUCCGGCGACGGGCAACAAGAACACCCACCUGAUGGAGCUGCGGCGCUUCCUGGACACGGCCUUCGACAUGGACGCGUUCAGAGAGCAGCAGUAGACCUGGACGCUCCGUCUCCGUCUGUCUCCGUCUGUCUCCGUCUCCCAGUGUCACAGCAGGAAAAGCAAACGAGCAGAACGAGCGCAUAACGUCGUCGUUUCUGACACUACAGCCGCUUUCAUCGCAGUUCAGGUUAACUGGAGGCAGCAGGACAGACGCCGAGUCUCCUCAUCACAUUUAUCCAUUUAGAUCAUUACAGGUUCAGCAGGAGGAGGCGCAGGACUCUCCUCCAUGGGGGGGGGGGGGUCAGCCCGGCGGGUGGAUCUGCAGCACUUAGUAGUUUCCUCUGGAAUUGGCAGAAUUUUAGAAACCCGAGGAAUCGGGUCGACUCGGUCACACCAAGCACAGACCUGUGUUUGUUCUGACGGAGUCGACCCGACGGCGCCGUCCUCCAUCCGCACUCCAGCUCUGACAGCAACAGAGCGACGCCUCCCGUCUCCGUUCCUCCCUCCAGGCGUUCAGUCAUAGGAUCAGAGCUUUUUCUUCUUCUUCUUCUGCUGCAGGAACCCCUUUUGUGUUCGCUUCUAAAAGCAGCUCGUUAGCGGAGGUCAAAGGGAGCUCAGAGCGCAGGUCUUUUCCUCGUUAAGGAAGUGUAAUUAGCCGCCAUGGUUACGCCUAUCUCUGAGAUUCAAUCUUUUUAUUCUGAGGGUAUGUUUGGGAUGAACCAUUUUAGCCGCCCCCCCCCCCUUCCCCCCGCUGGCGAGCGUUCAUCUCGUGCCAAAAUGCGCCGCGGCAGCACGUCACGUUUUCCUGGGUUUUGUUUCGCAGCUGAAGCCGUCGGCAGAGGCUGAUGUCGGCCGCAGCGGGUUUUCUGAGCUUCUGAGAGACAAAGGAAUAAAUCAUUUAUUUAUUUUCAUAUUAGGGGAUUGAAGUCUUGCUGCUUUAUUUUGCUUCACUCAAUAAAGAAUCCUGCACUGAACCCGA